AUGAACUCUUCUUAUCAAAUUCCUACCUCCUCCUCAUUCGCAUCUUCCUACUACCGUUCUUUCAAGGAGGGUACCAGGGAAAUUAAGCCGGUAUCUCUACGUCGUUGCGAUGAUGACUUCCUUACUGUCAUUGGAUUGUAUGAUGGCUUUUGGAAAACAGUCCCAGAAAAUCCAGAAAACAACUUUGCACACUCACACGGCGGCACAGCUAAGAAGUUAUACGGUUCAGGUGGUUUUUCGAAUGCCAUUCAAAUCUCGUAUAAAGGAGUUGCAAAGAUUCCACGGAUAUUUCCAGGGAGCGACCAAUUCGACGAAAAAAGAUUCUACCGUGAUCUUAUCACCGAAUUACGAAUUUGUCUCUGGGAACCCAUGCGAAACCAUCCCAAUAUCAUAAGCCUAGAAGAUAUACAGUGGUUCCCAGGGCCACAUCCAUCUAUAGAAAAAAACUGGAAUUAUAUGUGGCCCACCCCCGAAUUCGAAGCGGCGGAAGGACCUCUUUCAGGAUUAUUGCGUGGAAAUCCAGGAAUCCCGUUUGCGCAGAAGAUAGCCAUUUUAUUCGACAUAGCUAAAGCUCUUGAUUGCCUUCAUCAGCACGGUGUAGUCCAUUCUGAUAUUAAGCCUGACAAUAUCUUUAUAUUUUCUGAUUCUCAGCGCAAGUACAUCGCAAAGGUCGCUGAUUUCGGCUGCUCAACGACCCUCAAGCAGGAAGAAACCCAUGGGUAUCUGUCAGGGGGGACGAAGGCUUGGAGUGCUCCUGAGGCAGAUAUGGUCAUGUUCUGUCACCUGAGGAAGGAUCCGAAAGGUCGUCAACUCGAGGUACAAGAGCCGGGAUACGUGGGGCCAAUAACAUUAGUUGAUAUCAGAACCAUCUUGCGGAAAGCAACUAUCGACGACCGAUUACGGGGACAGAUUUUCCACAGCAUCAAAAAUAUAUCUGCUUCCGACCAUAACGUAGUCGAUGAAUUUACUCCGGGAUCACUUUCAUGGCAGCUUUUCCUAUGCUAUUGUCACGGUUUUGGGACGCCGAGGGAUUACAAGAAUGCCAUGUCUGCAUUGAUUCAAGCUUGCGAAUCUGGCCACGUUGAGGCGCGAGGCAUAGUGAUUCAGUUUCAUCAGGCUCAUGGCGCUGAGUGUCCUCCAGAUCUUCCGGUUGUUCGCUGGUUGGAGGAACACGUCCAAAAUAAUGAUUUCGGGGCAUGCAAAGCAUUAAAAUCGAUCGACCCCGAAUCUUAUGAACGGAUUAUCCGAAAAGCGCAGAACACGAUAAAAUCAUGUGAUGGUUGUAUAUUUCCAGGAGGAGAUCACAAUAUAUGCGACUAUGCUCAAUCUGCAGAAGGGGCACUAGCCUUCGUCCAAUCUAUCCUUAUUGACUAUGAUUCUGACUCAGAAAGUCUGAUCAGAGAUGUUGAUCGGGACCUUGGGAUGAUUACUGGAAACCGUAUCAUCCACUUUGCAGCAGCGACUGCUAUGGAAGCACUUGUCAAAGGCCUUAUUGAUAACGAUCUUUGUGAAUGGCAAGUCAAAAACAAAACUGGACUGACACCUCUGUGUUUUGCCUUUCGGAGCGGUCAUCGUAACACUGCUCUUCUGCUGUUGUCUCAAAUGUCUCCUUGCUCUCAGGGAAAUGCCCUCACAAAUCCGGUAUCUGUAUUUGAGAGGCUUUGUCCUCAGGAACUCCCUUCGUUCAAGUCAGAAGACGUCUUGGAUGUUGCUACCCAGGCUAUCAAGAAGAUUCCGGGCGCUGCAACAAACCCAGCUCCUUUGGGCGGAAUGCUUUGUGACCCUAUGAUGAAAGCUAUAUUGCGGAACAGCCUCGAGUGUGUUCGAGUGUUAUUGCAGUUAGGUGGGCGCAAUACUAUAGAGCACAUGAAUACUGCUGCAGAGCUUCUUUGCGGUGAUAUUCUCAACUUUCUUAUGUGGGAUCAUGCCGACAAAGGACACAAGCUCAGCAUCUCCGAGCUUACACAAAUUUACCUAAUCAUAGGAACAAAAUCUGACCCGUUAGAUAUCAUACAACGAAACGGAUUUGAGCACAGUUAUACAAUAAUCCGCACAUUUGAGGCAAUCGACUACUUCACUCAGCUCUGGUACCCUGAUCUCCGUCUUGGAAUGCAGAAGGUAGGAUUUACAGCCCUAUGUGUGUACCGAAGGUACGACAUCAUUCAGCUAGUUCUCGAUCCAUUCUUCACCGACUGUCUUUUUGCAACAUCCGAUGAUACGUACCCUCCUCUCUGGUGGGCAAUGCGUCUAGGUGACAUGGAAUGCUUCUCCCUCCUACUCGACUACGGGGCAGCAACAUGUGACGACGUAGCCGUCGUAUUUGCAAAAUCGGUCAAAAUGUCGAACCCCUUCUUUGUUGCAGAGCUCAUAAAACACGGGUGUCUGCUGAGCGAUAGAGAGUUGUUGCAAUAUGGCGAUGCUGGUAUUGGUGUGAAGCUCCCAUCUAGAAUGAUCACUUCCACACCCUUUGAAACCGCCCUCACAGUCGACUGCUUCGACACUGCUACUCAGCUAUAUCGAGAUACUGGACGACAUGUUGGGUUGGAUUGGGACGAGUUUCUCAAAGUCCUCAUUACGGGAAGUCAGCACAGCGGGUUUAGCAAGCUUGACUUCCUCCUUCACUUUUACGAGCAAGAAAAGCUGGUGGUGCUACCCCCUUGUCAAGGCGGUACCGUACUUCACCGCAUUCAAAACUUCUGGAGUGUAGAGCCAGAGGAACGAAGUGGAGAAAUUCGAAGAUAUAUCAUCCAAGUCGUUAGAAGACUCUCCCAUCUAGUCAACACCCGGAGUUGCUAUGGUGGAACCCCAAUAUUUGGCGCAGCAAUUCAUCAUAAUGUUCUUCUCGUCGAGGCACUCAUCGAUUCAGGCACCGAUCUUGAUAUCAGGGACAAUGAAGGGUACACCGUUCUUGACCUUAUCAUGAUACACCGGAUCUGGGAGGUUCUCAGGGCCAAUCCAAGUGGGUCGACUCCACCAAGAAACAAUAAUAAGCCAGGGAAGGGGUAUGAGGUGUGGCCCUGA